UGCCGGAGAGAAGCCAACGUAAUGACUAGUAGCGGCUGCUAAGCUGCUCACUGAAACCAUGACUGUUAUUUAGUAUAAAUAUCAGUCCUUCGCCCAUGGUUUUGUCAUUUCACCACAGCUCCCUUCAUCACACUUUCACCAUCUUGCAUCCUCGCAGCGAAUCGCACCGGUCUUCUUCUUUAUAUUUAGCCCAACAUGCGUUUUGCAGUCACAACACUUCUCAUGAUGCAUUGCGUCACGUCAGGCCUGUCGCUUGCAGUUGACACCACUUCAACCAUCGAGGGGAAGCCAAUGCCCGACAAAUGGAUCAAAUAUUAUUUGGAGGUGCCCUUCAACACGGCAGUUACUGACGCUUCUCUCUCUCCUCGCACAGACGUCACCGUUUGUCAAGCGAUCCAAACUGCUUCAGUACGUACCGUAAUUCAUUUUCCCUUUCUCUAUCUGUUAGGAUAUUCAUUGCACUCCGUGAAGUCGUGAAUUUUGAGUGCCUUUAGAAAGGCAUCGUAUAGUACUAGCAAGAUUCUGAUGAAUCAUCUCCCAGGCAUUAAGGAUUCCUACUUUCUGUAACCAAAAUGAGACUGACGUUAUCAAAGGCCUGCUUGAACAUCGUCAAUAUACUCGUUUCUUGGGCCAAGUCCACAGGGGCUCUUAUCAAGUCUUUAUCAGACUCAGGCAGCUGCGCCACGUCUUCUGGAUCAUGUAAGUUAUGUUACUCUUGAUUGAACAGUAAUUUUAGAAGUUCUACGCUAACUUAAACUUAGUGGAUGGUAUUUCAUUCGUGUAUUACACAAGUGGAAGAAACUGUGACACAACUGCCCAAGAAGACACUAUCCAGGGAGCUAUCAAGCAGCACUUGGAGAACGUCGAUCAAGGUUCCCUGUGCGGAACGCAGUGUCUCAACCUUAGCCACGGUGGCACCUGGGAGGGCUAUCUCCUUAUUGGACCAGCAGGCAGCUUCAACAGUGGCGCAUACUGCGGGUCGUCACUCGGUUGGUCACAGUGCACAUCCGGAGGGAAAAAUAACCUAUGAGGAUAUAGCUGCGCUUAGUCUCGCAUUUAGUGGAACUUGAUGGAGUUGUGGUUGGUUCUAACCAGCGUUUGCAGUGCUAGUCUUGUUCUAUUGUCAUAAGCAACAGUGGGCUGGCAUAGUUGAGUUGGUAGUGAAAAUGGAGUGUUUUCAGAGUUUUUGUGGUUGGGGUGUUAAAGCUGCACAAGUUAUGUUCUGUUUUAGUCUGAAAGGACGAUCUUUUGCAAGGGGGGCUUGUUGUCAGAAAGGUGCUGUUUUAGAGC